AUGCCCGACGUUGAAAAGUACGAAAUAACAGAGCCAUGGCUCAAGACACACUGCUCAUUGGGCGAAGGCCCAUUCUGGGAAGAGGACACCAACACGGUCCGCUUCCUCGAUGUUGAGAAACAAAAGCUAUUCCGCGUGGACAUGGCCAAAGGGCCAUCAAGCCUCAAGACCGUAAAGGAGCACGACAUAUCAAUGGGAUGCACGGCAGACAUUGAGGCCAACCCCAAAGAGUUCAUCUUCGGCGGCAAAUACGGAUACGGCAUUGCCAACAAGGAAACGGGCGAAUACCGCUGGGUCAAGAAAGUCUGGUCCGAGGCCGAAAUCUCUGAAAACAAGCACGAGAAAUUCCGUGGCAACGACGGCGCUGUCGAUUCCGCGGGACGGUUCUGGGUGGGCUUCAUGUUCGACCCCAUGGUUGAGAAGUGGCGAACUGACGGCGCGGUUUUCCGUCUGAAUCCCGAUAUGAGCCUCGACCGUCCAAUGAGUGACAUUACGAUCCCCAAUGGCACGACAUGGAACAAGAAGGAUGAUACCAUGUACUUUGCCGACAGUCCGACAAAGACGAUUUGGCAGUUUGACUUUGACCCCAAGACUGGGGCUAUCAGCAACAAGCGCCCUUACUUUACCAUGCCAGAGGACAACCGCUACGGGGAGGAUGCCGUGCCAGAUGGUCACUGCAUUGAUGAGGAGGGUUACAUGUGGACCGCCCUUCAUGGUGGGCAUCAUGUCAUUCGGAUCUCGCCCCAGGGUGAGAUCGUUGCAGAAAUCAAGGUUCCCACUAGUCAACCCACCUGCCCGUGCUUUGCUGGAGAAGAGCUUUUUAUUACUAGCGCCGGUGGCACAGGUGGAGAGAAUGGAGGGCCUGUUGAUGAGUUUGCAGGCAGCUGUUUCAAGAUCAAUGUUGGUGUCAGGGGACUAAAGAGAUUCAAGUUCAAGGGUGGCGAUAAGAUUGAGGGAGGCAAGGAGAAUGGGCAGAUUGUUGGCGAGUAGAAUAUCUCUGAUGUUGAUGCGAGACAUGUUCUAUUGGCCGUCGCAACGGGCUGAGAGUUAGGCGUGCAGGGAGAAUUAUUAGACUCUCCAUAGCAGAAAAUAAACAUAUUGCAUACA